GCCACCUCAGGCGGCGGCACCACAAUGACCAUCUCGGACUGCUCCUCCAUCCUCGGCGACUGCAACAAUGGCGACUCCAUCUCGGUCAACGGCACCUGCCUCACCGUCACUGAAUUCACCUCCUCAUCCUUCAAGAUCGGCGCUGCACCAGAGACACUCCGCCGCACAAACCUAGGCGCACUCAAGCAAGGCAGCAAAGUCAACCUCGAGCGUGCUGUCAGCGCACAUACGAGAAUGGGAGGUCACUUUGUGCAGGGACAUGUCGACACCAUCGCCGAGAUUGUAUCCGUGACUCCCGACAACGAGGCCAAGGUCUUCCGUCUGUCACCGAGGGACAAGAGUGUGCUGCGCUACAUCGUCGAGAAGGGCUACGUGACGUUGGAUGGUGCCAGUCUCACCAUUACGGCUGUGGAUGACGAAGAAGGAUGGUUCGAGAUCAUGAUGAUCAACUACACGCAAGAGAAGGUCGUCAUGGGAAACAAGCAGAAGGGCGAGACUGUCAACAUCGAGGUUGAUUGCGUGGGCAAGUAUGUCGAGAAGAGUGUGAUCGGUUACUUUGAAGGCAAGGCUGGUGGAGAGCCUGCCAUCUUGGAGAAGAUUGUCUCUAGAAUCGUCCAGGAGCAAUUGAGCAAGCAGUCUUAGAUCAA